AUGGAUAAUUUGAUAUAUCGAGGAGAUACUGAUGAAUUAAGAAUUGAAAGAAAUGAAAUGAUAGUUAAUGAUUUAAGUAAGAUUGGAUAUGAACAAAUCAUUGAGAUGAAAGAUGAAAAUGGUAGAAUUCAUGAAUUUGAAGAAAAGGAGUUGAGAACGUUAGUCAAAUAUCAUGGAAGUGAUGAAAAGAUAAGAGUUGUUUUAUGGGAAAUGUUUCUUGGAAUAUUGAAAUUUAAUUCAACAGAAGAAGAAAGAAAACAACAACUUCUUUUAUUAAAGAAUGAAUAUGAUGAAAUUAAAAAACGAUGGAAUGGAAAACAACCAGAAGAAAUGGAUGAACAAACAAAGAAUAGAUAUAAAAGAAAUAUUAGUAUUAUUUGUAAAGAUGUUCAAAGAACAGAUAGAGAUAAUAUUUUAUUUAAAGAUUUAACAAGUAGUACAUUAAAAGUUAUGUUUGAUGUAUUAGUUAGUAUGAGUAUAACAAAUAAAAUUGGAUAUGGACAAGGAAUGAGUGAUAUAGUAGCAUUAAUUAUACAAAUUACAUAUUCAGAAUUUGAAGUAUUUUAUUUAUUUCAAGGAAUACUUGAAUUAAUAAAAGAAUUUUAUGGAGAAGAAGGAAUAAUAUCAUCAGAUAAAAUGAUGAAUGUAGGAAAUAUUAUUUAUGUUGUAGAUGAAGAAUUUGGAGAAUAUUUAAAUAAAAAUAAUAUUACAUUUGAAUUUAUUGUUAAAUGGUUAUUAAUGUUAUUUAAACGAGAAUUUAAUUCAAAAGAAGUUUUAAGAUUAUGGGAUAGUUUUAUCUCAUUUCCUAAAGACAAAUUAUAUUUAUUUUUAUCAGCAACAAUUCUUAUCAAAAAUAGAGUAGAAAUCAUGAACAGUCAGAUGAGAUUUGAUGAUUUAUUUAUUUGGACACUCAAAUUAGAACAUAAAAUUCCAUUACAAUAUAUUUAUGAUGCAGAUAAUUUGUUAUAUGAAUUUAAAAUGAAAGCAACACCAGAACAACAAAAAAGAGUUUUUAAUUAA